CUCCCUCUUGCACUCUGGCCGCUCCAUAUGGUCUGAAUCUCGUAGAUUUACACUUUGUAUAUAUCACUAGCGUUUUUGUGGGCUUGUGAAAAAAGUGACAGGGCUGGACUUGUAGUUGGAGACAAGAUGAAGGGAAUGCAGCGUAAUGCCAUCUCUUCUUGUCAUUGCAGUGGAGUGGCAAGAUCGGACAGCAAGAUCAGCGCCAAAGCACUCUUUGAGCAAAGGAAAAAAUAUUCCAACUCCAAUUAUAUUAUGCAUGAGACGUCACAGUAUCAUGUUGAGCAUCUGUCCACUUUCAUCAUGGACAAGACCGAGUCCAUCGCCACUGUGGACGACGCCAUCAAGAAACUUGUACUCCUCGAUUCAAAAGACAAGAUUUGGACUCAAGAAAUGCUCCUGCAAGUCACUGAUAAGGCAGUCAGGCUGCUGGACUGUGACACCCAGGAGGAACUGGAGAACUUCCCCCUCUCCACAAUCCACCUGUCUCAGGCCGUUCUGAAUCAGACGCGCUACCCGUCCGUGCUGCUGCUGGUGUGUCAGGACAACGAGCAGCAUCGGCCAGACAUCCACUUCUUCCAUUGUGACCAGGUGGAGGCUGAAUUGGUUCAUGCAGAUAUCGACAGCGCUCUUGGAGACAACAAAUGUGGGAAGAAAAUGAGGCUUCAGACUCUCAAAAUCAACCAGGAGAAAAUGAAGCACCGAAGAGAGACCAUACUUCCAAAGACGCCCCCCAAGGCCACCCCUGUUGCAAAGGGACGUGUUGCUGCCCCAAUCCCACAAGACAGACGAUCUUCUGGACACAGUGACCCAGAGUCACAUGAAAGGUUGGCCCAGCGUAUCGAGAAGGAUGUGCAACUCCUCAACUGUGCCCUGGACGACAUUGAGAUAUUUGUGGCGCGGUUGCAAAAGGCGACGGAGGCCUUUUCCCAACUCAACCAGCGCAACAAGAGUAAGAAGAAUAAGAAGAAAGGACCAGCAGAGGGCGUGCUGACCCUGCGAGCCAAGCCCCCCUCUGAGGAAGACUUCAUCGAUAGCCUGCAGAAACUGAAGCUGGCCUUCAACCUCUUGGCCAAACUGAAGAAGCACAUCCAGAAUCCAAGCGCAUCAGAGUUAGUUCAUUUCCUCUUCGGCCCUUUGGAGCUGGUGCUGCAGAGUUGCGGCAGUCCCGAGUUGGUUCGUUCGAUUCUCUCCCCUCACCUCUCCAAAGACGCCGUGGACUUCCUUCGAGGGCACCUCACCCCCAAAGAGACCACCAUAUUUGAGCUUCUAGGAGAGGCUUGGACCAAACCCAGAGCGGAGUGGCCAAGGGAUCAGUGCGCUCCUCCCUACUAUCCCAAGUUCCGGAAUGGCUGGGAGCCUCCGGCGGAACUCUUUAGGACGGCCCCAUGGGAAACGGAGUAUCCCGGUGGGCCUCUGGGCUCCCCCGUUUCCUUGGUUUCCCCCACAAGCCCCGAUUACAGAAAACACUCAUCUGAUGAUUUCUACGGAAGCCAUUCCUCCAACUCAUCCAAUGGGUCCUACAACGGGAUGCCCAACGCUCGCAAAUAUGCCAAAAUCCGCUACCCCUUUGUAGCGCGGAAUGCCAACGAGUUGUCAGUGCUGACGGACGAAAUCCUCCAGGUGCUCGAGGACGACAAGCAGUGGUGGAAACUAAGGAAUCGUAGCGGCCAAGCAGGUUACGUCCCCUACAACAUCUUGGAUGUUGUCAAGCUAGACGAGCCGGAGGCUUUUUACAACCAGCAAGGCUAUGGUAAAACCUCACCCGGUUCCCUGAGCCCAGGAGACAGUUUCAGCAAAGGCCGACACAAAGACAAAAUGAUGGACGAAGUCAACAAUGAGCUACUGAUGAUGAUCACGGCUAAAAAAAGCCAGCCACCCGCCAGAAAAUUCCGCAUCGAGCGACCGGCAGGCGCUCAAGUGUCGCUCACGUACAGCUCCAGCCCGGAGCAGGUCAAGUCUUGGCUUGCUGCCAAGGGCUUCUCCAAAGCGACAGUGGACUAUUUAGGCAUCCUGACUGGAGCUCAGUUGUUUUCUCUCAACAAGGAAGAGUUGAAGUCCGUGUGCGGGGACGAAGGCGCUCGCGUCUCAUCGCUGAUUACCGUGCAGAAGACGCAAAUAGAGAAAUUGUGCGGAGACAGCGAGCUUCAGGAGGUCAUGAAGCGCAGACAGGAGCGAAUCGACUCGGGGAGCACAGAGUGAAGACGCGCGCCCCAUCCCUCUUCAUUUCAUGCAAGACCAUGUUGUACACGUUAUUAUUGAAUAUUUAUUUUCUCCCAUUUUGUACGUGCGCAAGCUCAUUUGCAACCUGUGUGGAUCAGCAAAUGUACAGUUUUGGGUGCGCGCAACAUGUAUGUAAAAUACGCAACAUGCUUGGAAAGGCGAUGUGGGGGGGGGGGGGGCACGUUGAUGCUUAAUGGCAAUAGCAAUCGCUGACUAAAAUGGUUGUGUAAUUUGUGCCAGGAAGUUUGGACACAUUUUUCUCAUGGUGUAUGUAUAGCCAAUGAAUUUGCAUAUUGCUGUUUACAGAAUGAAGCAGGAGAUACAAAAAGCAUUACAGGUUCAUAUUCUAAUUUUGAAUCAUCACCAUAAUUGCGCAUGGAGUCUGUAAAUGAUCGUCAAAUGCCGUCAUUUCUUUGUGUUGUCUGCACGGGUGUAUUUUCAACUGUUGUGCUUCAAUUAAGUCAAUGAAGAUUAAGUUCAAAUCAAAAGGAUUGUAAAUAUGAUGGGAAA